CCCCUUUAGUCUUCCCUUCCAACUCGCCUUACACCGGUCUGCAAAUCAUAUAACAAGACUCGGACUCUCUCUUUCUUCUUCCUCUUCUUUCUCUCUCCUUUCAUUUCCAGCUUUUGCUACUCGGGGAUUUCUUCGUUCUCCAGUUUGAAAAAUGGCCGCCGCAGUUGACACCUUCCUAUUCACCUCCGAAUCCGUGAACGAGGGACACCCAGACAAGCUCUGUGAUCAGAUCUCCGAUGCAGUGCUUGAUGCUUGCCUUGCGCAAGACCCCGAGAGCAAGGUUGCUUGUGAGACCUGCACAAAGACCAACUUGGUCAUGGUCUUUGGUGAGAUCACCACCAAGGCGAAUGUAGACUACGAGAAGAUUGUCCGUCAGACAUGCCGCAACAUUGGGUUUGUGUCUGCUGAUGUUGGUCUUGAUGCUGACAACUGCAAGGUCUUGGUUUACAUUGAGCAGCAGAGCCCUGAUAUUGCCCAGGGUGUCCACGGUCACCUUACCAAGCGCCCAGAGGAGAUUGGUGCUGGUGACCAAGGUCACAUGUUUGGGUAUGCCACUGAUGAGACCCCUGAGUUGAUGCCCCUCAGUCACGUCCUUGCCACCAAGCUUGGUGCCCGCCUCACUGAGGUCCGUAAGAAUGGUACCUGCCCAUGGUUGAGGCCUGAUGGCAAGACCCAAGUUACUGUUGAGUACUACAAUGAGAACGGUGCCAUGGUUCCAAUCCGUGUCCACACCGUCCUUAUCUCCACUCAGCACGAUGAGACUGUUACCAACGAUGAGAUUGCCGCUGACUUGAAGGAGCAUGUGAUCAAGCCUGUUAUCCCAGAGAAGUACCUUGACGAGAAGACCAUCUUCCACCUUAACCCAUCUGGCCGUUUCGUGAUUGGUGGACCUCAUGGUGAUGCUGGUCUUACCGGCCGUAAGAUCAUCAUUGACACUUACGGAGGAUGGGGAGCCCACGGUGGUGGUGCUUUCUCUGGAAAGGACCCAACCAAGGUCGACAGGAGUGGUGCUUACAUCGCCAGGCAGGCAGCCAAGAGCAUUGUUGCUGCUGGCCUUGCUCGCCGUUGCAUUGUCCAGAUCUCUUACGCCAUUGGUGUCCCCGAGCCAUUGUCUGUGUUCGUUGACACCUACGGAACCGGAAAGAUCCCAGACAAGGAGAUCCUCAAGAUUGUCAAGGAGACCUUCGACUUCAGGCCCGGUAUGAUUGCCAUCAACCUUGACCUUCUAAAGGGUGGCAGCAGGUACUUGAAGACCGCCGCCUACGGACACUUCGGUAGGGACGACGCAGACUUCACAUGGGAGACCGUCAAGCCCCUCAAGUGGGAGAAGCCCCAAGCUUAAACCGGAGAAGGUCGAGUGAAGUCUAUGAAUUCAUUGAUUAAUAUUUUUGAUCAAUAAAGCAAGUGCCCGGAUCUCCUCCACAGGCUGCAGCUGCUCUCUAACCAAAAGGAAUAUAUAAAAUGCUUUUGUAUGGGCCACAAUUUUAAUGUCUUUUUUAUUUCCCUUUCCUUUUCUAUUUCUUUGUUUGCGGGUAAGUUGGUUGUUGGAGAAACAGAUUAUGGUUGUUGGAGAAACAGAUUAUGGUUGUUGGGAGGUUUUGUUAGUAGUAAAAUGGCAGCAUUAUGUUUGUAAAAGAGCUGCAUAUGUAUGUUUUUUUAUAAUGCUAGAAAGGGCUCAGCUGCCGAGCAGCAACCGAAAAAAUGUAAUGUGUGCUCGUUGAUAGUAGUAAUGAAAUAUUCGCGUUACAAAAAUAA